AUGACUAAGCCCAUAUUGGAAGCAGGUGAUAGGCAAAUCACCUGGGAUGGAUUCAAGGCAGCUUUUGAUGAUAAGUAUUUCCCACCUUGUGUAAAGCAAAAGAAGAUCUUUGAGUUCAUGCACUUAACUCAAGGAAGCCAAACAGUGAUGACGUAUGAGAGGAAGUUUGAGGAACUAUCUAGGUACGCACCACACACGGUGAGUACGGAGGAGAUGAAGGCUCGACAGUUUGAGCAAGGCUUAAGGGUGGAGAUCCAGAAGAGUAUCUCUCCCAUGCAACUGAAGACAUAUGCUGAAAUAUUCCACAAAUCUCAGAUCUAUGAGGCUGUGGAGAAGAAUGCAACAAAGGAUGAAGAAGUUAAACCAAAGAAAAAGUUCAAGAUGACAAAGAAUUAUCCAACUCUGAAGGAGCAGCCAGAGCAAAACCCCCAAGGAGGGCAAGCCAAUCAAAAUGACUACAAUAGAAAGGACACUCAAGGAAACCAGAAGCCAAGAGCCACUGGUAGGGUUUUUGCAAUGACUAAGAAGGAUGCAGAGGUGUCUCCCUCUGUUGUGGCAGGUAUGUUGAAAAUCUCUGGAAUACCUGCUUAUAUCCCAUUUGAUUCAGGAUCCACUCAUAGUUUUGUAUCAAGUACUUUUGCUACUAGAUUGAAUGUUGUGCCCAAAGUUUUGAAUUACCAGUUGUGUGUGUCUACACCUUCUAAAGGAAUGAUAGAGACAGAAUUAAUUUGUGAAGCAUGUGAUGUAGAGAUUAUGGAGAGAAAAUUGACUGCAGACUUAAUUUUGUUAGAAAAGAAGGAUUUUGAUGUUAUACUUGGAAUGGCUUGGCUAGCGGCAUAUCAUGUUAAUGUUCUUUGUUUUGAAAAAGAGAGUGGUCGUAAGACCUAUGAAGGAACCAGAGUUUGA